AUGGAUAGAAUUAGAGAGGCUGGAGAGCAGGGGGGAGUUGCUGGUGGAGGAGUGGGGGCUCACCAACCAGCCAACCCUCCGCUACCCUCAACUUCUACACCAUCUCCUACUACCAUGGAUCCUAUGAAAGCUUUCCCUAUUGAGAAAUUCAUGGGGGAGGACUACGAGCACUGGAGUUUCCGCAUGAGGCUGAUGUAUACCCAAUACAAGCUAUUGGAUUUGGUGGAGGGGAAGGAUAAAAUGCCGGAGGCCACGGAGCUGAAAGGAGCGUGGAUGAGGCAAUCGUUUGACGCGUACAUGCUAGUGGUGCAAGCGGUUAGCGGGCGAUUGAUGAAAUCGAUGGGGGCAAGGUCACACACACCAGUGCAUCGACCCCCUUCACUUGCCUCCUGCCCAAGCCUCCCUGGCGCCUCUUUUCCACCCCCCUCUUCUCCUCACAGGUUCCUCAAUGGGUGCGCGAUAGUGGGAGGCAUCGACAUCUAUGGCGGCACGGACCGCCUUGUGUCACGAGUGGUGCCUCGUGCAGGUGUUGCGGUCAGGCGAGUGGACACAAGUGACCUAGAAGCAGUGAGGGCGGAAGUGGGAGAAGACACCAAGCUGGUCGUCAUAGAAAGCCCCACCAACCCGCGCAUGAUGAUCAGCAAUAUCAAGACUAUCUUACAACAAACAGUUGCUACUUAUACCUCUCCCAUUGUCAUAGCUACUGCAGCCGAUACCAAUGCCAACCAACCCCCCCCCCCCCCUCUCUCUCCCUUCCGCCAGACCGCUAAAACCAAUGCCUACCAACCCCCCGCGUAG